UAAUUAAAUUUGCCAACAAUUACUGAAGUUAUACUACAACUACAAUCAGGGGAAGGGACGGUGCUUGACGUUUGCGAACAAGAUAUUCUUAGCAAGUUCUAUCCUGGUAGCAUGGCUCAGUGACAUCAAGUGUUAAGAGUUGGCAAGUCGACGUGAAUGAUUUAUUCCAGGCAUUCACCAUGCUAUCAGCAAAACGCAUCGCAGAUGCAGGAUACAGGGUGUUCUCCGGCUCCAUGAUGCUGUUAACAUUAUACGGAGGAUACCUAUGCACCGUGCGAGCACAGCGCUUUUUGGAGAAACAGAAACAAAUUGAAGCCGCGGCGCAGGAUCAGACAGAGCCAGAGUUAAAGGACUGACGGACAUUCCUACUUCAAAUGGAUGUCAUUCCAGGAGAGUGAACUCUAUAUUUCUACGCAUGGUCAUCGCAAUCAUGUUGCUAUGUUGUGGCCUAAGGGAGGAAGAACUCACCUCAAGACUAGUCUUUCUUUAUUGCAUGCUAAGAUGUGACCCUUGUUUUAGGCCAGGCUGUGAUCGGAUGCUAUUCAUAAUUUUGAGUGAUUGUGGAAUAUAUUAAACAUGGUUCCAUGUCUCCUGUAA